CUGUGACGGCACGGCGCCGGCGGAAGCCCCGGCCAAUGGGGAGGUGCGCCGUUUCCAGGUAUUAUGAGGUCAUCACGCCGCCUGCCGCCCCCUCUAUAAAAAGCCGGCCCUCGGAGCGGGAGAGCACAGUGAGGGGGAUUGUUGGCUGGGUUGGGUUCCGUGCGCGGAGCGGAUUAUAGCAGCAGCAGCAGCAGCAGCAGCAGCCGGCGGAUCCUCGGACAGGCGGUAAGUGAGGGAAAAUGGCCCGUACAAAGCAGACUGCCCGUAAGUCCACUGGUGGCAAAGCUCCACGUAAACAGCUGGCCACUAAAGCGGCUAGGAAAAGCGCUCCCUCUACUGGUGGCGUCAAGAAACCUCAUCGCUACAGGCCCGGUACUGUGGCCCUUCGUGAGAUUCGUCGUUAUCAGAAGUCAACAGAGCUGUUGAUCCGUAAGCUUCCCUUCCAGAGGUUGGUAAGGGAAAUUGCUCAAGACUUCAAAACAGACUUGAGGUUCCAGAGUGCAGCCAUUGGUGCACUGCAGGAGGCUAGUGAAGCAUAUCUGGUGGGUUUGUUUGAAGACACAAAUCUAUGUGCCAUCCAUGCCAAGAGAGUCACCAUCAUGCCCAAAGACAUCCAGCUGGCUCGCAGGAUACGGGGAGAGAGAGCUUAAGAGAAAGCAGUUUUUAUGGUGUUUUGUAGUAAAUUCUGUAAAAUACUUUGGUUUUAAUUUGUGACUUUUUUGUAAGAAAUUGUUUAUAAUAUGUUGCAUUUGUACUUAAGUCAUUCCAUCUUUCACUCAGGAUGAAUGCUAAAAGUGACUGUUCACAUAAACCUCAGUGAUGUGAGCCUUGUUGCUCAAGAGUGACAAGUUGCUAAUAUGCAGAAGGGAUGGGUGAUCUUUCUUGCUUCUCAUGCAUGUUUCUGUAUGUUAAUGACUUGUUGGGUAGCUAAAAUUGUAAGGUACUAGAAUUGAUAUAAAUGUGUACAGGGUCCUUUUGCAAUAAAACUGGUUAUGACUUGAUCCAAGUGUUUAACAAUUGGGGCUGUUAAGUCUGACCAUACAUCACUGUGAUAGAAUGUGGACUUUCAGAGGGUGAAACUACAAGUCUUAACCACAGUGUAACUUACAGUUUCCUAAAAACGUAAACCUGGCAGCUAUAGAAUACACUAUGUGCAUUUAUAAUAGCUAUUUUAUAUAUUGUAGUGUCAACAUUUUUAAAUUAAAUGUUUUACAUUCACA